AUGUCUUUUCUUUCUGUCCCAACUAUCUCGAAUUUGCCGACGUUGUCGGAAAGCGGUACGGGAGACUCAGCAGACCCGUCGCCCCUUCCGUCUGGUCUCUGUACUCCAGGGGAAACUUACUUGCAUUCCGGGGACGAUAUCUUGAUCGCAUCGAAGAUCCCGUUCACGGAUGAUAGGUUCAUUGUUGCUCAGGACAAAUCCUUGCAAGUACAACUAGAACAGCUCCGCGAUUCGAAGAUCAAGGCGAAGCCUUUGUCCCGCGUCGUCUCACAGGCAAAGAAGCUGGCAGGUAGGGCACUGAGUGUGCGCAAGGCGUUCCGGAAGUCUUCUGAGACUCUGAAUGCCUCAUUGUCCUCGUCCUCUCUUGGUCCAGAUUUUCCUGGAGGCUGGAAGGCGGAAAGAGUGACGCAAAGCGAGGCACGUCUGUCGAUUUCUUCUUCCCAAGAGAUUGUCAGUCGUAUAGGAGCAGGAAGGGAAGACGGUGAUGAGAGCAUCGUGCAGACGCACUCAUCCAGCGAUUAUCACCCGGAGACUCUGGGCAACUACAGUCACGUCGAUCCCGACGAGCUUUUCAACUUUUUUGAGGAGCUUCUGUCUUCAGACACUGCGCACGAUUCUUACUGGAAAUUGCCAAGUCUCCACACGGCCACCAGCACGAUCCUGCGAAUCACCUUAUUUCUGCCAUGGUGCGCUGCGGUUGGUGGCACGGUCCUCCUUUCUCCGCAACAUCUCGAGCUGGUUGCAUUCACUCCCGGGUACAUAGCCUCUCCAAAGGGACUGCAGCGCUUCGCCCACUGGACGGACUGUGCAACCCACCACGUCUUCAUCUUCCUCGCAUGCAUCAUCGCGCUCGCCUUAUGGGACGUCGCUUUGGGAACGGCUGUAGCGGGUGUUGCACUUGCGCGGUUCAUCUAUGUCUGGAGCGACUUCCGAGUUGACGCCAGCGUGCCGCUAGGAGAGGAUGACAAGCAGAGCGUAUAUCUCGCGGUGACGCAGGCGUACAUCAACGACGGAGAUCUGGUUUUUCGCACUUCGAAGACAGACAACCACGAGGGGAAUCGUCUGCUAGACGGAGAUGCGAUGGAUGAGGAGGGCGAGGAGGAAGAGAGGCCGCUUGUGAGUUGA